GGCUUUCCAGCGCUAGGCCUCAGUCUGGGCGUGACUACGCUGCGCGGUGCGUCUGUCAGUCGGACUGUCCGCCUCGACCACGAGUGGGAACACAGUGCGUUCUAGUGACUGUGCGAUACAUACGGCCCUGCGUCCCGGGGCUUAGCGACCAACCGCGCUCUAAGCCGCAAGCACCAAAAAAAAAAAAAAAUAAAAUAAAAGUGCGCAGUGCGCCAACGAGAAGACACGGGGCUUUCCACAACGAACAUAUCGAGAGGAUACUUGGAGCCAGUCUUCGCCGCAGAGACUGCCGCCGAAAGAGUCCCGCCGCAACCACACGACCCCGCUCACUCACAUUCCCCGAGCUCCGCAGCGGCUCGGACCCCGACAGUCGGCUUGACCCCCCGCCGUCGCCCUUCUAUGAGUGCGUGCUGCGGCCGCGGCGCGGCGACCGUGACCACGUCCUGACCAGCGCCGUCGACGUCGUCGGCCCGUAGCUACCACCUGCUGCUCCUCCGCCGCCACCAGCACCACCAGUUCUCCGCGGCGACACCCACCAUGCACAUCGAGGUCCAGGUGGCGCUCAACUUCGUCAUAUCCUACCUGUACAACAAGCUGCCGCGGCGGCGCGUCAACAUCUUCGGCGAGGAGCUGGAGAAGGCGCUCAAGGACAAGUUCUCGGGCCACUGGUACCCGGAGAAGCCGUUCAAGGGCUCGGCGUUCCGCUGCCUGAAGACGGGCGACCCGGUGGACCCGGUGCUGGAGCGCGCCGCCCGCGAGAGCGGCGUGCCCAUCCAGGACGUGCUGGAGAACCUGCCGCAGGAGCUGGCCGUGUGGGUGGACCCGGGCGAGGUCAGCUACCGCAUCGGCGAGAAGGGCGCCGUCAAGGUGCUGUUCAGCGAGCAGGCAGACCCGCACGACGAGUCGUCGGCGGACCGCGAGGUGACGCGCACCUUCAACCCGGAGGCGCAGUGCUUCAGGCCCAUCGAGGCGGUGGGCUCGAGUCUGGGCGGACUCAGCCUGUCGCCCGGGGGCGGUCACCGAGCCCCCUCGCCCUUCUCCGCGGCGCCCGCCUCUCAGCCCGCCGCCGCCCAGCAGCCAGCCGCCCCCGCCGCCGCCGUGCAGCAGCAGCAGCCCGCCCCCGCCGCCUCGUCGGCGCCCUCGCCCACCGCGCUGUCCGCCUCCUCCUACAAGGGCUCGCCCAGCCCCGUGGCGGCCUUCAUCCCGCGCUCCACGGCGCCGCUCACCUUCACCACGGCCACCUUCGCCCAGACCAAGUUCGGCAGCACCAAGCUCAAGACGAGCAGCAAGCGCGCCAACAGAAUGUCGCCCACGGAGUUCUCCAACUACAUCAAGCAGCGCGCCAUCCAGCAGCAGAUACACCACCACCAUCACCACCAACAGCAGCACCACGCGCCGCCGGCGGCGCAGACCUCGCCGUCGGGCCGCUCGCUGUCCCCGGGCGGCGGCGGCGGCGGCGGCGGCGGCGGCGGCGUCGACCCGGCGACGGGCUACUUCUUCCAGCCGGGCCCCGCCUACCACCCGCAGUUCCAGUCCUACCUGCCCGAGCUGUACCCGGCCGCCGCGCGGUCCUACCUGGACCCGCACCAGUUCUACGGCGCGGCCCCCGGCGGCGGUGGCCCCGUGCCCGCCUCCGCCGCCGCCUCCGCCGGCGUCUCCCAGGACAAGCAGCAGCAGCAGCAGCAGCAGCAGCUGCUGGACGGGCUCAACAGCUUCGGGCUGGGUUCUGUGGCGCCCUACCCGCCCAGCCCCUACCAGCACCUGCUGGUCGCCAACUAACCCCGCCCCCUCCGCCCCCCCUCGUAGUCGAGUCCGCCUAACUGCCCACCAGACCCCCGACCCGCUUGGCACCACUCGCCUCCUGUCCAGUAACCGUCUCUGUUCUCGGCGAGAGUCUGCGCACCCUGUGGCACCCGGUGACCUGAUCGCAUCACCAAUACUCUGUGGAAGGUGGCAUGUCCCACUCCCGACCCCGCCUGGGACGGGCUCUCGUCUCUUAACCACAAAGAGCCCACCCGCACUCCUACGGUUUUUUUUUUUUUGUUUUCAACUACUGCAUAUGCGUCGCACGGGUUUUCACUUUUAUUUAAAAAUAUUUUUACCCUCCAGUACCUGGCGGGCAAUUCGCUGCUGGACUUAGCGAAAGUUAAAAACAUUAGACGUGUAAUGUAUUUUGUAUCGCGGUACGGAGCAGUUAACAACUGUUUGGUUUCACGUUCUGGUCGUGUACAGUCGAUUCUGAACCAGAGAAAGGUAUUGAUUGAGAGUGGGAGAGAAAAAAAAGAAAACUAAAAACUAUGUAAAGUUUUGAUAAUUUAUUUUUUCACUGGAUUAGGAAAUAGGAUAUAAAACCUUUUAAAAAGGAUGUAUUAAAUAUAAUUAACUUUUGCAUAUAUAUGUACAUAAUAUCAGGUUUUUGUAAAGUUGACAGUGAUCACCUCUAGUCUUUUGAGUGCACCAUUCUUUCCGGUUUUAGUUGGUUUUUGUGUGUUAGUUCAAGUGGCCACUAUGAUCUUAUUACUAAGCCAUUUUUAAGUCUCAGGUUUGCGAUGAUGGUGUGAAUUGGACAAUUUUUUUUAAUUAUAAUAUGUUUUCCUGCUUUGUUUUACACGAGUUUUUUCUUACAAGUAAUUUACAUUCUCAUAACAUGCAUGAAAAUUUUAUUAUCAAUCAUUAUUGAAUAUAUUUAGGUUGUCUAUCAUUCUAAUUUUUUAAUGCAGCAGUUGAGUUUUGAGUACUAUCCUGGUACACGACCGUGUCAACAAAAACCAUUUUUACUUAAAAUAUUAUAACUGCAGAGCAGAACAAACUAAAAAUUGUGCGUGUAAAAGGGCCAGGGACAACUUAUUUCCGUAACUUUUGCGGUCUGCAACUAUUUGCUUGAGAUGCUUAUUUCAACGUUAGUGCCAUAAAGCAACUGAAGCCGAUUGCUGUUUAGGCAGACGAAAGAUUUGUCAGAAUCGGGCAAUUUUUCAGAAGUGUUAAUUCAUCCUUCAUUGUACGGAAGAAAAUGUUUGCCGAAUUCAAAAGAUUAAGCGUUUGUCGGUUAGAAUGUAUGUCUUGGGGCAAACGUUUGCUAGGUAAGUGAUGGACUUCAAUAAGUACAAAAACAUACUGUAGCGCAGCAGUCGAGUAAGGUACGUUUAUAACUGGCUUGGCUAAAUAAUGUGUCUGAAAUGUGAUAUCCUACAUUGUACGCGGGUAACAAGUCUGUUCCGCGUGACUUAUCUCGUAUUUGACAGUUCUAAAAAAAAUUAUAAUAAAGUACCACUGAUCUAUACGCGUACUUCUGCCUCCUGUUCUGUCAACAGUGUUCGUAUGGUUGUCGGUAUACGUGAACAGACAUCAUGUGAUGGUUGGCAAGUACCGCUGGUACUUUUGUUUUGUGAUUUGUCGAAUUUGACGCAAGUCACGUGGCACAUACUUAAUCUUGUGAUGUGCUUCCAGUCACCGUUGACGGUCAGAAUGUCUGGUGCUCUCGCUGCUACUGUUCUAACUAGACGAACGACAUACAAGGUAUACAAGUAUACAGGUAUACCCGGUUCAUCUUACUUAAAAAAUGCCGUACAGAUUGCAGAAAUAUUUCCACAAGUGUGGGCAGUGUUCCGCAGACGCUUCAGCGAGGUUAUUCGAAUUGCCCUACAGUUCAGGCUCGUUCGGGAGGAACAUAUUUAGUGAGAGCUUGCUGGGUCGAGCUAGUAUUUUCUGUUGAAAACAUCACAGUUUUAUGGUAGUAGGUGUUUGGUGUAUUAUUUUUUUUCAAUGGCGCACCAUGGCAUAUGUUAGUACAUACUCGUGUACAUAAUGAGUGUUAUCUAACAGAAACAUUUUUAAAUUCAAUUCCUGAAUGAGCAUGAUGCAAUUUUUUUUUGUGUUGUCCAUUGGUUAGUUCCUGGAAGUAGAUAGAGAUGUGUUUGUUGCAUUUAUUUUGCAAUGAGCUAUCUACAAUUUCAGGAUUUUUUUCUUCUUCUUCGAAAUUUGCGCCAUUGAUUGCGAUGUAAAUGUGUAUAGCACUCGCGUGCUUGAUGCAUGGCUCGGCACGGCAUUGUCAAAUGCAUCAGUAUCGUAGUUCAUUUACUCAAAAGUAGUUUGAAGUUGUUAUUGUGUGUUGUUAUAAAUCUAAACCCAUUUGUAUAUUUGUGUCUGAGAAUAUUUUUUAUCUUUUAUAGACAUAUUAUUUCUACUAAGAAUUUUAGGAAACAUUAAAGUUUUGGUAAGGCCAGUUGUAAGUAUUUGCAAUUUUUUUUACAUUUUAUAUGUUUUUGCAGUUUAUUUUUAUAUGAUUAAUUAUAAAAAAAUAACAAAAAAGUAAACAAGCUGUUUACGUUUAUGUUGUAAAAAUGACACUGUUUUGUAUUCUUUUGUGGAUUGAUAUAGAAGCCAAUAGCUAACUGUAGGAUAGAGGAUACGGAACUAAGCUAUAAACAUUGUUUAGUUGAUGUCUAGUCUGCUUCUAUUCAUUCCCACAGAAGAUAGAUACGCAUGUUACUUCCAGUCCCAAACUGUUGUUGCUGUUAUUGUGGUGGGAUCUUUCUCACAACAGUAGACGUUUAUUUUAGUUGUUUUUGGUUUAUAAGUGUUAGGUUUUGUUUUCUUCGCCUUCUAAUGUUGAUGUUCUGUCAAAUAGAUAUUUUUGCAUACUUUUGUAAAGUUUUGUGACAAAUAAAUUGAAUGGAAUUUUU